AUGGAAGGAAAGGACCAUGUCCCACUCCCCACUUGCCCCGUGCAAGCCACUAUCUUUGUCCUGCUCGCAGCUCCACAGUGCGCGGUGUGGGGCGCCCCUACUCCCAGUCCCCUGCCGCACCUGACCCCUCGGCGCCCCAAACCCCUCUGCGCGGGGCUGCUGUGCGUGGGCUCCUGGGUAGGGACCCGCUCCCGGCGAGUAGGGCCGCUCGUGGGCGGCGCGCGGCGCUGGAGGAAGGCGGGCGGCUGCCCACGCAGGGGAGCGGCUUCUACCGCACCUGGACAGCCGCCGGCGCUUGCGGAGAAACGCGGGAGCUUGGGCCUGGGAGCUCGUUCUCCACCUGAGGCGAAGGAGCUAGCCAAGGAGGACAUGCUGGCCGUCCGCUGCGCGCUGCUGGCGAUCCUGCUGGCCGCGCCGGGGGUGGCGCUGGCCCCAGGGAGCUGCCCUACGCUGGAGCUGACUGACCCAGGUGUGCGGACGCGGGCGGUCGCUCGUGCGCCCCCUGCUGCGUCCUGCGCCUUUGGCCCCGAGAUCUCCCCGGGACUGCCCUUUGGCUGGGAAGCUCCCUGCGUCUGUGUACAGGACUCGGUGUGUUCUCGGAAACCCGAACUCCGUGUCUUCUUCCCAGUGCCCCUCUGCCUCGGAUGGGGGGUGGCGGAAGGGCAGCCUGCCAAGCAUGAGAUAAAAACUACUCCCAAGCAAGAAGGCUUUGCAGGCCAGAGAGAGACAGACACUUGUGCUCGUCCUCCGUCCCAGGAGCUCGGGCGGGGAGAGGUGGCAAAUGGUGUGCUGACCAGCCUGCCGGGGGCCAGCGUUACCCUGACCUGCCCAGGGGGAGAACCAGCAGACAAUGCCACUGUUCACUGGGUGCUCAGAAAUCUGGUCGCCAGCUCACUCCACAUCAGAUGGGCCAGUGUGGGUAGGAGGCUGCUUCUGAGGUCGGUGCAGCCCAGUGACUCUGGAAACUAUUCGUGCUACCAGGAUGGCCACCCAGCUGGGACUGUGCACCUGCUGGUGGAUGUUCCUCCAGAGGAGCCCCAGCUCACCUGCUUCCGGAAGAGCCCCCUCAGCAAGGUUUGUUGUGAGUGGAGUCCUCCGAGACCCCCUUCGCCGAUGACCAAGGCUGUGCUAGUAGUGAGGAAGCUUCAGUACAGUCCACUAGAAGAAUUCCAGGAGCCCUGCCAGUAUUCUCAGCAGUCCCAGAAAUUCUCCUGCCAAUUGGCAGUCCCGGAGGGAGACAAUUCUGUCUACAUAGUGUCCUUGUGCGUAGCCAACGGCGUCGGGAGCAAGUCCAGCAAAACCCAGAUAUUUGACGGUUAUGAAAUCCUGCAGCCCGACCCACCGGUCAACAUCACGGUCACUGCCGUGGAUGGAAAACCCCGCCGGCUCAGUGUCACCUGGCAAGACCCCGACUCCUGGAACUCAAAUUUCUACAGACUACGCUUUGAGCUUCGAUACCGGGCUGAACGGUCAAAGAUAUUCACAACAUGGAUGGUCAAGGAUCUACAGCAUCACUGCAUCAUCUACGACGCCUGGAGCGGCGUGAGGCAUGUGGUGCAACUUCGGGCCCAGGAGGAGUUUGGGCAUGGCUUGUGGAGUGAGUGGAGCCCAGAGGCCAUGGGCACCCCGUGGACAGAAUCCAGGAGUCCUCAAGCUGAGAUGGUGUCCCCCUCCACGCAGGCACCUACUACUGUUGAUGAUGAUGAUGAUGAUGAUGAUGAUAUGGAUAAUAUUCUCCCCAGAGAUUCUGCAAAUACAACAAGCCUCAAAGGGCAGGAUUCUUCUCUGGUACCACUGCCCACAUUCCUGGUGGCUGGAGGAAGCCUGGCCUUUGGAACGCUCCUCUGCAUUGGCAUUGUCCUGAGGUUCAAGAAGACGUGGAAGUUGCGGGCUCUGAAAGAAGGCAAGAUGAGCAUGCACCCGCCGUAUACUUUGGGGCAGCUGGUCCCCGAGAGGCCCAAGCCCACCCCAGUGCUUGUUCCCCUCAUCUCCCCGCCAGUGUCCCCCAGCAGCCUUGGGUCUGACAACACCUCAAGCCACAGCCGGCCAGAUGCCAGAGACCCACGGAGCCCUUAUGACAUCAGCAACAAAGACUACUUCUUCCCCAGAUAGCUGACGGGUUGGCUGUCAGAUGUGCUGGACCGUGUGAUGCCCGAGCACAAGCUGGCUUAGCGAAAGCUGCUUCUCACUGCCAUUCCAGCUCAUCUCAGGGGCCUGGGGCCUUGGGCCUCACGGUUACAGAAAAACCUACACUGGGUGAAAAUUGGUUUGCUGCCUCUGUUCAGAACGAAGAAGAGGUUGAGUUUUCAAACCUGCCUUCCCAAAUGUUCUGCUUCAAGGGGUAGAGUGAACUCAAGCCACCAUGAUGAGAGCCGUGUCAAGACUCUCAGGCACUCAGGUGGGCAGAGCGGGGCAGCUGGGGAGGCCUUGGUGUGGAGAAGCCACUGGCCGCCCACGCCCUUUCUCCCAUCCCCACAAGCUGCACCCUCAGGCAGGU